GCAGACGCUGGCUGGCCUGGACUGGCCCUGGGACUCGUGGUGGUGGUUCACCCCCAGGCGCCGGGCCUCCACCAGGCCUCCGGGGCUCUGUAGCAGCUUAGACCUCUGCAGGGCCACACUAUAGUCGGGUGGCCGCAAGUGGGGGAGCCGUUGGGGAGCUCCAUCCCGUCCAUUAACCAGGGUGAGGCCCUGGUAUCCUGGAGGGGUGGGGGGAGGUCCCCUGUACCUAUCGUCCUUGGUGGGAGAGGUUACACAAUACACUGGCCACCAGGAAUGGGGGAGGAGACAGGGGAGGGAGGUGUGACAGUGAUGAAGUGGGGAGGGAGGGAAGGAGGGAGAAAAGAAACAAAAAUGGAGAAAAUAAAUCAAUGAGAUGUUUCAGCACCACUAUGUAGCUACUAAACCACUGACAUAAAGAGAUAGACAGGCAGGUGGUUGGUGUGUGAGAUGAAUGGCAGCAGCAGAUUUGGCCUGUUCUAUACUGUACUGUACUAUACUGUACUAUACUGUACUAUACUGCUCUUCAAUAGGGCCAGGACAAUACCAGUAUCGCGAUACUCGUUAAUAUCGUAACAAGGAAACAAAACACAAAGCAGAUUUAACUUCUUUAGGAAAACAGCCCUAAUGUUGGAAACAAACGUGUUGUCAUCCAGAGUCACAUUAAUUUAUUUUCCAAGCUACAGCACAAUAUUUUACAUACAACAUGUUUUUAAAAGGACCAAAGAGUGUGGUCUGCUUUGUGUUUUUUAGAUUUGCAAUGGAAAACAUAUAGUGAUACUGGUAUUGUCCCGGACCUACUUUUUAAUCCUCCUGUCCAUCCAGUCAGAGGACGAUACAUAGGCUUCGUCCCAAAUGGCACCCUGUGCAUUCCUUUUGACCAGAGCCCAAUGGGCCCUGGUCAAAAGUAGUGCAUUAAAUAAGGAGUAUAUAGGAAACCCUGGUCAAAAGUAGUGCACUUUAUAGGGAAUAGGGUGCCAUUUGGGACACAUCCAUUAUUGCUGUGCUCUGCUCCAUUACAGAACACCGUCUCUGCUCCAUUACAGAACACCGUCUCUGCUCCAUUACAGAACACCGUCUCUGCUCCAUUACAGAACACCGUCUCUGCUCCAUUACAGAACACCGUCUCUGCUCCAUUACAGAACACCGUCUCUGCUCCAUUACAGAACACCGUCUCUGCUCCAUUACAGAACACCGUCUCUGCUCCAUUACAGAACACCGUCUCUGCUCCAUUACAGAACACCGUCUCUGCUCAUUACAGAACACCGUUCUGCUCCAUUACAGAACACCGUCUCUGCUCCAUUACAGAACACCGUCUCUGCUCCAUUACAGAACACAGUCUCGUGCUCCAUUACAGAACACCGUCUCUGCUCCUUACAGAACCCCACCGUCUCUGCUCCAUUACAGAAACACCGUCUCCGCUGCAUUACAGAACCCAGUCUCCGCUGCAUUACAAGAACACCGUCUCCGCUCCAUACAGAACACCGUCUCCGCUCCAUUACAGAACACCGUCUCCGCUGCAUUACAGAACACCGUCUCCGCUGCAUUACAGAACACCGUCUCCGCUGCAUUACAGAACACAGUCUCCGCUGCAUUACAGAACACAGUCUCCGCUGCAUUACAGAACACAGUCUCCGCUGCAUUACAGAACACUGUCUCCGCUGCAUUACACUGUCUCCGCUGCAUUACAGAACACAGUCUCCGCUGCAUUACACCCGUCUCCGCUGCAUACAGAACACCGUCUCCGCUGCAAACCCCCUUACAGAACACCGUCUCCGCUGCAUUACAGAACACCGUCUCCGCUGCAUUACAGAACACAGUCUCCGCUGCAUUACACUGUCUCCGCUGCAUUACAGAACACAGUCUCUGCUGCAUUACAGAACACCGUCUCCGCUCCAUUACAGAACACCGUCUCCGCUGCAUUACAGAACACCGUCUCCGCUGCAUUACAGAACACAGUCUCCGCUGCAUUACACUGUCUCCGCUGCAUUACAGAACACAGUCUCUGCUGCAUUACAGAACACCGUCUCCGCUGCAUUACAGAACACCGUCUCCGCUGCAUUACAGAACACAGUCUCUGCUGCAUUACAGAACACAGUCUCUGCUGCAUUACAGAACACCGUCUCCGCUCCAUUACAGAACACCGUCUCCGCUGCAUUACAGAACACCGUCUCCGCUGCAUUACAGAACACAGUCUCUGCUGCAUUACAGAACACAGUCUCCGCUGCAUUACAGAACACCGUCUCCGCUGCAUUACAGAACACCGUCUCUGCUGCAUUACAGAACACCGUCUCCGCUCCAUUACAGAACACCGUCUCCGCUGCAUUACAGAACACCGUCUCCGCUGCAUUACAGAACACAGUCUCCGCUGCAUUACACUGUCUCCGCUGCAUUACAGAACACAGUCUCUGCUGCAUUACAGAACACCGUCUCCGCUGCAUUACAGAACACCGUCUUCGAUGCUUUACAGAACACCGUCUCCGCUGCAUUACAGAACACCGUCUCCGCUCCAUUACACUGUCUCCGCUGCAUUACAGAACACCGUCUCCGCUCCAUUACAGAACACCGUCUCCGCUCCAUUACAGAACACCGUCUCCGCUCCAUUACAGAACACCGUCUCCGCUCCAUUACAGAACACAGUCUCCGCUGCAUUACAGAACACUGUCUCCGCUGCAUUACAGAACACAGUCUCUGCUGCAUUACAGAACACCGUCUCCGCUGCAUUACAGAACACCGUCUUCGAUGCUUUACAGAACACCGUCUCCGCUGCAUUACAGAACACCGUCUCCGCUCCAUUACAGAACACAGUCUCCGCUCCAUUACAGAACACCGUCUCCGCUGCAUUACAGAACACAGUCUCUGCUCCAUUACAGAACACAGUCUCUGCUGCAUUACAGAACACAGUCUCUGCUGCAUUACAGAAGAUGAACUAAACAGGAAAAGCCUGAUUCACAGGUUAGAGAAGUAGACCAGCUGGAGAAUACAGUAUGUGGUAGAGUAGUAGUAAAUGCAGCUGAGCAAAUAGCACAAGCAGGGGAGCCCGGUUACAGAAUCCCACUAUACUGCAGUUCCAUGGACAGUCUCACGCAGCAUGAGUGAAAAAACUGAAGCAUUUUGUGCCACAGCUGGUUUUGAGACUGGUGGCCAGCCAAAGUGAGUGCAUCAAAAGCCAUAAGAAAGGGGGAAAAAAAGUGUAGAAAUCUGCUGUUGUCGUUCCUCCACACACACCCAUCUACACACAGCAUGUCACAAGUGGGGUUUACAGUUACACACUAACACCACAGUACAGUAGAGGUGAAGGAGAAGACACACAGUGGACCCUCACCUAUGAGGCCUUUCUCUGUGCUUGAAGUGACUGUUUUGUAGAUGGGGGCUGUGCUUUGGGGUGCGUCGUGCCCCUCCCCAGGGGCAUUUGAGGCGCCGUCUGCAGUGCGGCGUUUGAUUGUGCCGUAGUUCCCCUCAUAGGUGUCAGACAGCGAGGAUGACGAGGCCCAGCUCUGCCGUGAUUGGUUGAGCUCUGAACUGUCUCUGGAGAGCCUCUUGGCGUCCUCUCCUCCCCCGGACAACGCCACUGGUGCUCCCACUACCCCUGCCCCGGCAGGCCCAGCCUCCACCUCUGCUAUAGGCCCUGCUAGCUGGGUGUGGCGGAAGACCCCAGGUGCCAGGUGGUCCCAGGCAGGGGGUCGGCCAACCCCCAGGCCUAGCAGGUGAACAGGCAGGCUCUGGAAGCUGUCAUGGGAGUUGGAGGAGCAGGAGGUCCAGCUUCCUCGCCCGCUGUCGACCACACUGUCCAGGGAAGCGUGGUCGGGGGUCAGCUCCUCUGUGGAGAUGGAGGAGGUGAAGGUGGAGCCCUGCGUCACCUGGCCCUGCACCAAAGACAAACUGACCAGGAGAAGAGAGAAGGAAACAAUUAAAGUUUGA